GUCAUCGAAAGCUUGACGUGUACUUUCAACUCAACACCCCCAGUUCCAGCGAGCGGUUCGUCGAAGAAUGCUGUUCCGUUGCUGAUUUCUCUUGGAGACUGAUCAGUGUUUUCUGUAUUUCUUGUCGUUUUUUUAAGUGACGCGUGUCAACAAAGUGACACGACUCCCGACCGGUAAGAUGUCCGAUAAUAGGAAAGCCAUUAUUGCGGCCGUGGGCAUCUUUGUGUGUUAUUUCUACUUCGGAAUCAUCCAGGAGAAGAUCACUCGGGGCAGGUACGGAGAUGAACCGCAAGAAGAUGGAACGCGAGGUGAACAGUUCACCUUUGCGCUGGCUUUGGUUGGUGUGCAGUGCAUCUGCAAUUGGGCUUUCGCCAAGGCAAUUCUUAUCGCCAGGCCACAGAACCAAGAUACUACACCGAAAGUGUACUAUGCGUCCAGUGCUUUGACUUAUCUGUUGGCGAUGAUCAGCUCCAACAUGGCUCUGCGGUGGGUUGCCUAUCCGAUGCAGGUGGUAGCCAAAUCGGCCAAGCCAAUUCCAGUGAUGCUACUUGGAGUCAUGUUUGGUAGGAAAUCCUACACGUUGCAGAAGUACAUGUUCGUGCUGUUGAUUGUGAUUGGAGUGGUGCUGUUUAUGUUCAAGGAAGGCAAAACCAGCAGCAGUCCUCUUGAAAAAGAAGGCAUGGGCCAGCUUCUGCUGGCAAUGAGUUUGAUCAUGGAUGGACUGACCGGUGCCGUGCAAGAACGCAUGCGGCAGCACAGCUCGCCAUCGGCUCAGCACAUGAUGCUGGCCAUGAACGGGUGGAGUACGCUGCUGCUCAUCCCUGCGCUGUUCAUUACCGGCGAAGCCAUGGAGUUCAUCGCCUUCGCUACCAAGUACCCCCAGAUGUUGGGACACCUAGCCACGCUGGCCCUGGCCGGUGCCCUCGGUCAACUGUUCAUCUUCAUGAUGGUGUCGUCCUUUGGAGCUCUGGCUUGCUCGGUGGUUACCACUACGCGAAAGUUCUUCACCGUACUGUGCUCGGUGCUACUGUUUGGAAAUAGCCUUUCCAGCCGGCAAUGGAUGGGAGCCGUUCUGGUGUUCACCGGUCUGUUUGCCGAUAUGUUCUUCGGCAAAAAGGGCGCCGCUGCCGGAAAAUCUCCCCCGAAAUCGAAAGAAAAGAGCGAGAUCAACGGGCUGCUGAAGUGAGUUCGCAUUGCGAGACUGCUGAUAUUCCAAUUCUUUCUCGCAAUUGUGCAAGCACAAAACCGUACCCACAUUUAUCAUUGAAACAAAUGUACAAUAAGUAGGAAUUUAUUAUGGAUUGAAUCCAAUCUUCAGUGUUGAACAUCGUUAAGCGACGGUGUACCCUGUGAAAAUAACUUAGUGCAUCUCUUAACCAUUUAUUUAAAAUGAAUGCGAAAUAUAAAUUAUUAUUUUUUGA